AUGGCUUCCCCAGACUCAUGUGAAACAGCUGCAUUUACCGUCAAGCUACCGAAUGUUUCGGGCGAGACUAUCGCAGUCAAAGUCGGCCUCCAAAUCGUCGACGUACACAAGGAUCUCAUCAGCAGCAGCUCCGAAUACUUCAGAAAAGCCAUUAGUCACGAGUCGAUUUUAUCUCACAGGUUCAUCGAUCUGUCCGACGAAAAGCCUCAUGAUUUCGACAUAUACUGUCAAUGGCUAUAUACUCGAGUCCUUGACGCGAAACUAGACAAUCACAAUGGAUUCAGUUACCUUGCUCGGAUGUACGUCUUGGGAGAAAAGUUGAUCGACCGCACAUUCCAGAACGAUGUCGUCGACGCCAUAAUCUACCGCCAUAUCACUGCGCGACUGAGUCAAAAGCCCCUACGCUACAAAGUACCUGAUCUGCAAGCUAUCGGAAUCAUCUACGAGGGCGCUCCGAGGAAAGCCCCGGUGAUACGUCUCCUGGUGGAUCUGUGGGCUUUCAACAUGGACUCCUCUUGGGUCACGAAGACGAGACUUCGAGCGCCAGAGAACAAGCAUUUUCUGGAUGACCUCUUACCGACACUGUUAGACAGGCGAGGACUACCGGAUGCUUCCCAAGCUAGACCAUGGAUCUCGCAACGAAGUUUGUAUUACAACAAGGGUGUCGUGAACAAGAGUGAAGUGGAGGAAGACAGGGGCGACGAGGCGAUCUUUGAGCCUUCCAUCAAGGAUGAGCCUUCCGAUGAGGAGGAACCCUUCGUUAAGAACGAGCCUUACGUUGAGGAUGAAACUCACAUCAAGGAAGAGCCUUCAAUGAUAGAUGAGCCCUUCAUCAAGGUCGAGCCUUCCAGCGAGGAAGAGCUUUCCAGCGAGGAAGAAUCUUCCAGCGAAGAUGAGUCUUCCAGCGAGGAUGAGCCUUCAAACAAGACUGACCCUUCCGUCCAGGAGGAGGUGGACGUGCUUGAUGCAUUCUGGGCAUUGCGCGCGCCAUCAACGACCGCUCGUUCACCCGUUCAUUCUUCUCUCCCACAUCGGCUCAAGUCGUGGCUAUUGAGAAUGCCUAUAGUUAAUGAUCCUGUGCCUACUUCAGACACCGCCCUGAUUGUCCUGAUCGAAGCGGGAAAUGAGUUCGAGACACCCAGUUUGGAAGGCGACAUCGUGCCUAUCCAUGUCGGCAGCGACCCGGAGACGCUAUUACAUGUCCACGCCGCCGCCUUGAGGAAGAGCUCUGAGUUCUUCAAGAAAGCAUUGAAACAAGAAUGGCGCACAGAUUCUUCAAAACCCAUCGACAUGUCUGACGUCGAUCCUUUCAUUUUCGAAGGAUACUGCGGAUGGUUGUAUACAGGAAGAGUCGUGCAUCGCGAUCGAUAUGAGUGCUACAAGUACCUCGCAAGCCUCUACGUACUGGGAGAACGGGUAAUGGACGUUACGCUCCAGAAUAGUGUCGUCGCCGCUAUAAUCCGACGCAGCCAAACUUGGAGGAAAUUCCCUGGAAAUCCAGCGAUACAGAUCGUUUACGCUGGCACUCCUGCCGGCUCGCCCGUCCGACGCUUACUGGUAGACUUUUGGGUCUUCAAUGCGAAACCAACAUGGAACGGACUCAAUGACUUGAUUAAGCUUACUUGCCCCGACUUCGUGGACGAUCUAGUCCGCAAGCUCAUUGAACAACGAGGCGUACCCGACAGCUCCGUCCCAAGGCCAUGGGUUGCGAAUCCGAAGUCAUACGAGAGCAAGUAA